AGUUUUUGCUGUUUCCUUAUUUCAAUAAUUGAAAUAGUAUCCAGUUAAAGCGAAAAUCAGUCUUAAUAGCCAUCAGCAGUGGAAGCAACCAGAGCAGGAAGCAGCAGGAGCAGAAAGAACAGUAACAGCAGCAGCAGAAGAAAAAAUAAGCAUCAAAAGCAGCAGCGACUGCGUAGGAAGUCCUUGCAGCAGACAGCAACAGCAGCAGCAGUCACUUCCCACAGUCACCACAACAAACAUGGCUGCUCUGCGGCUCGGGGCAGCCUUUUCUGUCCUCUUGGUGGUGUGGUGUGUGACACUGGAGGUGGGUGAGUGCCAGAGGCAUGGCACUCCCGCCAGGUUCAUCAGCGUGGCCAGGAAUAAGCGGUCUGGACCCAGGGUAAUUGAUAUGGUUGGUGGGCAGGCAGUGUGGGGCCCAGAGCUGGCCCCUGGGGCUCCACACUCGGCACACCAUCCCAGGAACAAGAGAGCCACCGAGGAUGCCGCUGGUGUGCCAGAAAUCACCUCGUUUUCCCUGAAUGACAGCCACCCUCAAGUAAUGAUAGACUGGGCUGGAGAAGGAAGUGAUGUUGUAGUUUGUGUUACGCGAGAUGCUCGUCAGACCCAUUUAUCAGCCUCCCAUGUUUUUAUCUCGGAUGAUUAUGGGACCACCUUUAAGAAUGAAACUAGCAAGUUCAAAACAUUCACUGGACGGCCAGCCAUCAUAAACAAAUUUUACAAAAAUGAUAAAUACACAUCCAGGUUUGUGUUCACUGAUGUCAUCAACAAAUUCAUUCAUGUAACAAAAGACUAUGGGAGAAAUGUGGCCUCUUACAAGGUCAGGUUUACGCCAUCUGAGGUUACCCAUCAUCCACUUGAUGCAGAUGUCUUGCUAGUCUACGAUACAGAGGAUGAGGAGCGCAAACUGUGGAUAAGUGAACAUUUUGGGGAGCAUUGGAGAAUUAUUGGACGGUAUGUUAAAUCGUAUUAUUGGUCAGAAGCAACCUCUCCACCUACGCUGUAUACUGAGCGAGAGGAGCCAUCAGGAUCAGCAUCAGUAGUUUCUUCUCAAGACCUAUUCAGUGAAUCAUCAACACCAGUAAGAGUUAUAAGAGGUGUAGAAGAUUUUGAAGUGAAAGACGAAUUCCUCUUCGCUGUGAAGAAAGUGCAUCUUCUAGGAUCACCAUCCAGAGGACCAACCCUUCAGAUGUGGAUAUCUUACCAAGGUGGACCAUUUUUGAGAGCCAAAUUUCCGAAUACUCUUCAUCAUCAACAUUAUUAUGUUGCUGACAUCUCUGAAGGCCAGGUGAUGGUAUGUGUGGCUCACGAUCAGUUCGUGUCAAACUUGUAUGUAUCAUCUGUUCCAAGAUCGGCUCACCAUGAAGUGCUGUUUUCUCUCUCAUUAGAACGCAUAUUAUACUUCAAUCCUUCCACCAACUGGGUUGACACUUGGCUCAGUGAAGUAGCAGACAAGACCUUUGCUGAUCUGCAUCCAGUUGAGGGUGUGCGAGGGGUGUUCAUUGCUUCUCAGCUGAUGCCUAACUUUACAACAAGCUUUAGUAAGCUUGGACCAGAACAAUUAACUUCUUAUAUCACAUUUGAUCAAGGUGCACAGUGGAAACCUCUUCAACCACCAAGAAAAGAUGUGGAUGAUAAUCCUAUCGACUGUAAGAGGGCUAAUGGUUGCUCUUUACAUGUGAGUCAAGAGCUAAGUCACCUUUAUCCAUCAACUCAGACCAUGCCUAUAUUAAGUAAAGCAAGUGCUCCAGGUCUCAUUUUGGCUACAGGUACAAUUGGAAAUUCAAUGAAAGGUCAUACUGCACUCUAUAUUUCUACUGAUGCUGGGAUUAACUGGUACCAGGUACUACGAGGCAGUUACCUGUAUACCUUUGGUGAUCAUGGAGGAAUCAUCGUGGCAGUGCAACUGUAUAAAGUAGAUGGUGAGACAAAUGAAAUCCAGUAUUCGACAGAUGAGGGAGAGACUUGGCAGACAUACAAGAUUUACCAGGAGAAGCUACGCAUAUAUGGCUUAAUGACUGAACCUGGAGAAAACACAACAAUAUUUACCCUUUUUGGCUCAAAGUCAGACAAGCAUCAUUGGAUUAUUGUUAAGGUGGAUAUGAAGUCUGUUUUUAAAUACCAAUGCUCUGCUGAUGAUUACAAAACGUGGUCUCCAUCUGACGGUCGUAGUGGACAUACAUGUUUGCUAGGACGAAAGCAGGUUUAUGAACGCCGUGUUCCUCGCUCAGACUGCUUCAAUGGCAUUGACUACGAUAGGCCUAUCUCAGUUGAGAAUUGUUUUUGUGAUCGUGAGGAUUUUGAAUGUGACUUUGGCUUUGCUAAUGACAUGGAAACACAGAAGUGCUUAAAAGACCCAGAUGACAGCAUUGAUCCAUACGCAGUCCCCCUCACCUGCAAACCUGGUCAUUUCUACAAUAGAACAAAGGGUUACCGUCGAAUUCCUGGAGAUUCUUGUGAAGGGGGACGAGAGUUUCAGUAUAACCCUUCCAUUACUUCCUGCCCUGUUUCUGAAGAACAAGAAUUCCUGCUUGUAUCAGCACGUCAGGAGAUCCUUCGCUACAAUCUUGUUAACCCAGAGGAUGGACUUGAGCCGCUGCCUAUCCCUAAUUUGAAGAUGGUUAUUGCUCUUGACUUUGAUAUGGCAACUAACUGUAUUUAUUGGUCAGAUGUAGAACUGAAGAAAAUAAAUCGUCUCUGUUUUGAUGGAGAGCAUAAUGUGGAAACUUUGGUUGAUACCAAUCUUCGAAGUGUUGAAGGACUUGCAUUUGAUUGGAUCUCUAAGAAUCUCUACUUUGUUGAUGGAGAAAGAAAAACACUCGAGGUUAUUCGUACUGACAUUUCAUACUUCGGACGUAUGAGGAGAACCCUUCUCAACAGCAGCGCUUUGGAUAAUCCACGUGGCAUUGCUCUCCAUCCAGUUCGAGGGUAUCUCUAUAUAACAGACUGGUCAGAGUCUUCACCUAAAGUGGCCAGAGCUUUCUUAGAUGGAACCAAUUUAACAAUUUUGUUUGGUGCUGGUACUGUUGGUUGGCCCAACGGCAUCACCAUUGACUUCCAGACAGAGCGUAUAUUCUUUGCAGAUGCUAGGUUAGACUACAUUGCAUCAGCAGAUCUGGAUGGACGUCAUAUGAGGAAGAUUAUUACUAAUAGUGAUAAAGUGAUGCAACCUUUUGCUUUGGGGAUAUAUAAGUCAACAGUCUAUUGGGAUGAUUGGACGGUAUACCAGGUACUACAGGCUGACAAAGAAUUUGGAUGGGGAAUUGCUCCAAUUGCAAACCUUACAAAAAAGGGGCUUGUUGACCUUAAGGUGUUUGGUCAUUUGUCUCAAGUGGGCAACAACAGCUGUGGGAACCAGACUACAGGCUGUUCCCACCUCUGCAUGGGCCGUCCUAACAACCAGUUUGCAUGCCUCUGCCCAGAUGGUAUGAAGAUAACAAGUUCAGGUUAUAUUGAAGAGUGUAAGUGCCCUGAUGGCUCUCCUAUACAAGAAAAUGGAACCUGCAAAUCUGUGAACAGUACUUGUCCUCAGCACUUCUUCAUGUGUGGCAACGGAAGGUGCAUUCCCAGCCAGUGGGUCUGUGAUAAAGAUGAUGAUUGUGGAGAUUAUACUGAUGAGAUGAAGCCCGAGUGUGGAGAAAAAUCGUGUGACCCACCAUCUUGGCAGUGUGCGAAUGGCCACUGCAUUGCUCCAAGUUGGCGCUGUGAUUAUGAUAAUGACUGUGGUGAUGAUUCAGAUGAGGUUGAUUGCAUGUAUGAAGAUUGCCCACAAAAUACACACAAAUGCAAAAAUGGUCGUUGCAUCCAUACCAACUGGGUGUGCGAUAUGGAAGAUGAUUGCCGAGAUGGUAGUGAUGAGGAAAAUUGUACCUCUACAUCUAAAACUCAGUGCAGAGCCACUGAGUUGACCUGUGCCUCUGAUGGGCGAUGCUUGCCCAGCUCCUGGCGAUGUGACGGUGAUGCUGAUUGUCCUGAUAAAUCUGACGAAAAUGACUGUGAUAAAUAUACUUGUGAAGCCUGGCAGUUCCAGUGUGGAAACAAGCAGUGUAUUUUCAAGUCUUGGAAGUGUGAUGGAGAACGUGAUUGUGGAGAUGGUUCAGAUGAACUUAAUUGCACCGAUGUUACUUCCACUACACCACAGCCUUCUAUUCCUCUUGGCCCUCUUUUCCCACCUACAAGUCUUAAUUGUACUGAAUUUAUGUUUCGAUGUGAAAAUAAAAUCUGCAUCCCAUUCUGGUGGCGAUGUGAUGGAUUAGAUGAUUGUGGGGAUGCCUCUGAUGAAGAUGGGUGUGGUCUGCCAGGGGUACACAGCAAUACUACAACUGCAAUGCCAACAACAGCUGCCACACAUUCUUGCCAGGAGGAUCAAUUUCAGUGUAACACGGGGUCAUGCAUAUGGGAAACAUGGGUGUGUGAUAAAGACAAGGAUUGUCCUGGUGGGGAAGAUGAAGAAAAUUGUCACCAAACCUCCACAUGUGUUGACUUAGAGGAAUUCCAGUGUAGACAUUCUAGUGGAUGUAUCUCCAGCAACCGCCUAUGUGAUGGCCAUGAAGACUGUGCUGAUGGGUCUGAUGAGGAAGGUUGUAGCACAGCACCAACCCCAACUACCAAAUGCCCAGAUGGAUUCUUUAUGUGUGAUGGAGGUGCUUGUGAGGAGCUGUCAAAGCAGUGUGAUGGCAACCAUGAUUGUGUGGAUCUGACAGAUGAACAAAACUGUUCGAAUGAUGGUGAUAAAGCAUAUCUUGUGACGGGCUUCACAGUAACAAAAGAAACAAAUAUCUCUGUCACUGUGAAAUGGGAAGUAAACGAUGAAGAAAAAGCUCCAAAUAACUUGGAAUACAUGCCAUCCCUUGUUGUGAAGGCUGCAAUUGGUAAUCCAUCUGCCUGGCAUAAUAUGUCUUGGACCUCAAAUACAUCGUACGAGUUCACCAUGUUGGAGCCAUAUACUGAGUAUGUCCUCAAGGUAUACAUUCAUGAAAAGAAUGGAUCGAAAAUCUUUCCUCCCAUCAAAUCCAGGAUUUUCCACACACAGCAAGGAAUUCCAAGUCCUCCUGAAGGGGUGAAAGUGGAGCAAGUGAUGGAUAGAGUUAAGGUCACCUGGAAUACUCCUGUGCACCCUAAUGGACCAAUCAAGGGAUAUUGUGUAUAUGUUUCUCCACCAAAUCCAGCUCGACAAGUGAAUCUUCCAGGUGGUGUCAAUCAGCUUAUCAUUCCAUCAAAGCUUAUUGACACUAGCACAAUCACUGUGUGGGUAACUGUAACAAAUGAUGCAUACAUCAGUGAACCAAGUAUACAUGUUAAUUUUGUUAGAGAAUCUUUCGAGAAUACAACGGUGCAGAUUGGUUCUGUGGCAAGUACUACUACAAAUGUCAGCAUUUCCUGGGAACCCUUGCCAGGAGUAGAUGGCUAUAUGGUCAGCCAUUCUCGGCCAGAAAAUGAGUAUUUGUUGGGAAAAAUUACAAAAAAUACCACUGAAAAUCGUAUAGAAAUAACCGACUUAGCACCUGGGAAGGAUUAUAUGUUUGAGGUGCGAGCAUACAAGGGUCAGGUGGUUGGAUCAGAGAAGGUCAUUGAAGUGAAGACUCAUGGGCAGCCAUUAGUACCUGUGGAAUCUUUGCAAGCUGUACUCAUGAAGGAUGUUGGAACCACUGUUAAGCUUUCUUGGAGUGAGCCAGCUUACAAAAUGAAAAAGAUUGUAUGGACAUACCGAAUUUUGUGGGGCAAGAGUGCAAAUGAUCUUAAGCAUGGUGCUAAUGUUGCUACUACAACCAACACAACAUUGGUGAUCCGGGGACUAGAAGCAUGUGAGAUUUACCUGAUGGCUGUGAUGGUAGAAGGCCCCAUUGGCAUUGGUCCAGUUAAGAAAAAACUGCUACAAACUGUUGCUGAUCCGCUGGCCCCACCAAAGAACUUGCAUGCAAGGCUAGUGAACAUGACCAUGGUGAUAACGUGGGAACCGUCAUGUCCUCAUGCUGAGAAUGACAGUCUGUUUUAUCGGCUUUCCAUCAGGGACGUUAUUCGUAACGAGACAUCGUAUUAUAUGCUAAUGAACCAGAAAAACCACACACACAGCCACACUGUCGUUGCUCAUUGGGGUGGCUUCUACUCCAUAUAUGUAAGCACAUCUCUGCCAGGGGCACGCUCAAGCAGGCCAGCUGUGUGUCGUGGUCCAGUCAUUCCUCCACCUUAUGACCUGACGUACAACCCAGUUGAUGGCUCAUUCUUUUGGAGGAGAAAUCGUACUCUUCCUCAUGAAAUUUUGACAAACUGCAGCUAUGUUCUGUACAUAGCCAGGGCAAGAAACAUGAGCAAAGCAAGCACAUAUGAGUGUGCCAAACCCCCUCUGGUUAUAAAUAGCUUGUCCUUAGGAAUUAUUUAUUAUGCUGCUGUUGCUAUCAAGGAUUCUCAUGGCUAUUUAUCACCACGAUCACAGCUCAUUCGAGUUGAGAAACCACUCGGGGAUGAAUUAGUGUUGUCACAGAGCAGUGUGGUUGGUGUUUCUGUAUCUGUAUUCCUAGUAGUGGUAGCCUUAAUUAUGGUUGUAGGAGUGUUAGCUGUGAGGCAUCGACGGCUGGCACGCUCAUUCCUUACUUUUGCAAACACUCACUAUGACCGUUCGCAAGGCACCACUCAUAUCACUACAGAUCACAAUUUAGAUGAAGAUGAUGACUCUCCCAUGAUCCGUGGAUUUUCCGAUGAUGAGCCUUUGGUGAUCGCCUGAUGUCUGUCUGGCGUGUCCUGCUUCUCUGCCUCUGACCCUUUACUACAAGGGCCACAGCUCCUAUAAAGAUGGUUGCAAUCUCUGGCUGAGUAUAAUGCAUUUUAUACAAGUUUCCUCUAGGUUUAUAUUGCACUGUAUUACAUGCUGUACUUUAGUGAGAGCUUGAGAGGCAAGGGUUAGGCUGGAGGAAAGGAAUAAGAGCAAUGUGGGAGGGGUUAGGGCAGAGGAGGAGGAGAAAGAGAGUACUGUGGGAGGGUAGAGGAAGUAUGAGUGGCAGGUGUCAGAAUAGUGUAGGGUGUUGUGAGAUGAUUGAAUUAAUGAAAAGGGAUUCUGCAGUUGUUGCCUUACUGGAUAGUGAAAAGUAAUAUUGAAUGUUAAUGGAAAAAUACAAAACUUGUUCAUUGAAUACAGAAUGAGGAAUAUGGAUAAUAGUGAUUAAUGGCAUUUGUUGAGAAAACAGUAGUAUUUUCAAUGUGUUUAUGGGCAUGUGUAAUUUCCUAUUUGAUUUUAAUGGAGGAAUAAGUUGAUCUCUAGUUCUGAAUCCUUUUAAUUUUCUACCGAGUUACGUGAAAUAGCCUACUAUGGAGUCUUCUUCCAGUUUCAUUAUCUAAGUCAUAGCACUUCUUUACCACACAUUUGAGAUAUUUUCAAAUCACACACUGCCUCAUUUGGGUAUGUAGUUUGUAUCCAUACCCUCAUGUCCUAGUGUCUUCCCUGGUGAUAAAGAAUCUAUCUUUGUUUACCGUAUGUCCUAGAGUAUUCAGAGUAUUUUGUCUCAUAAUCAUCCUCUUUUAUUAUUUUUUCUUCAUGAGGCAUAGCUCAUUUCUCUCAACUCACUCACUAGUCUGGAAGCACUCUCAUUGGAUUUUAACACAGUCUCUUUGAUUUGCUGAUGUUUCCAAACUGGUGUUCUCACACACUGGUGUUUUCACACACACUGCUGUUGUUAUUUUUGUUUUGUGUAUACUUCAGAAGGUAUAUUUUAGGGUAAUGAAUUUUUAUGUUUUAUUCUACCAAUUUCAUAAAUGAUUGCCUGUUUGUGUGCAUGCCUAUCUCUGUAGUCAUUGCUGUAAGUAGGAAAAUUAGCUGUGGAGAACAAAAAUCUUAUGACAUCUUGGUACCUUUAUCUUUGUGUUACGGCAUUAUUUUAGUUUACAGUUUUCAUGAAAGAAUUUAGUGAACAAAUACUAUGGUAAUUCAUUAAUGUCGUAUGUGGAUCUCCAUAAUUUGGGUCAUUUGGUAGUUUUUAAUUGAGUUUUGAAACUAAUUUCAUUUUUUUAGCAUACUAUUAGUUGUCAUAAGCAAUUCAAAAAUACUGUUAGCCUUAUAACUGUGAACCAUAAUUUUGUAAAAUCAGAACUGGUUAUUUUUGUGCAUUUUCUUGUAAGAGCAUUCUUGAAACCAUAUUACUGUGGUGGAGUUAUGGAACAUGAGACAUACAUGUAUCAUUGUCAUCAGUCUCUCCUUUCUCAUGAAUUAACAUCUUGUAUUGUCUAUCUUCCACAAUGGUACCUACUCUUUUUCUCUCUUUGGUUCUAUAUGCCUCUUGCCUACAGGAGGUGCUUUACAAUGUAAGUUGAACUGCAUCUUUCAUGGUAAUGAUAACAGUUUAUAGAUCACAUUAGGAAACAUUUCCUGUUGGCUGAUGCUAUUCUGAUUUUUAUUAUCAGUUGUAUACAAUUGCAAUAUUUUUUGUCAACAAAUUUAUACCAAGUUUGUGCAUGCAGUUUUUAAAUAAUGGAACACAGUUGAAAUCUUUUAAGAAAAUUUGGGAUAUGUGAGUUAAUUAUAUAUGUAAUAUUUUUUUUUUUUUUACAUUAUUUCAGAAUAGAGUAAUGGCAUUAUAUGCUAAUUAUGAUGUAUCAGAAGUACAGUACUUUUCUCAGUAUAGGACUACAUUAUAUUUAUAUUUUGGUUAGUUGAGUAGCACUUUAUUUAUUCUUCAGUCAAUUUUAUAUAUUCUUUCUUUUAAUAUUGUUUAUAUAUAGGCUUACCUCAAUAUACUUUUAGAGUUGGAACCAGAAAAUACUAACGUUAUCAACCUUUAACCUCCAAUGGGGGUUUUCAAACUUGAAGAAAAAAACUAGUGUGUCGAGGAAAAAAUAUUUGUUAUUAAAUUUACUUAAAAAUAUAUGCAUGUAAAACUUGUGUAUGCUGAGAGAUGCGGAUUUGUGAGAAAAGUGAUGGAGGUUGCUGGGUGUGACUAGGAUUAGUCUAUCAUGGGUCAGCAGUCAUACUGUAGUGCUCCUUUCUCCUUAUGCUCUCAUCUCUUUAAAGCUUGAAAUGAAAAAUCUCAGUUUCAUCUAUAUAUUGCAUCAGCUGUGUAGACAUUUAUAUAAUCAAAUAAAAUGUUUAACUUGACAGCUAAAAAGUGUCCAUGCUUGUCUGUAUACAUUCUGUUGUCUGUGGGGAGUGGAGGGAGGGAAGGGGUGGUAUAAGGGUCAUCUCACAGGUGUUGGACAUAUCCAUUUAUCAGCAGCCAACCAACCAUCACAAUUUUGAGAAGAUGAAUUAAUGAUAAAUUGUUAGAAAAUUAGAUUCUUAUAGUUCAGUCUCUUCGUUUUCAUACAUGAUACAUUAAACACUACCUGUAUUGGAGGGUUGCUGGUGGUGAUUAUACACUGCUGGUGGCUUUUAAUUAAUGUAAAGAUACCAGUUACACAUUCUUAACUUCUAAUAAUGACUUGAAAUUCCAGAAUAAACUGACAGCAUUUUUAGCAAGCAACAAAGCAGAAUUAAAUAAAAAAAUAAAAGAAUGAUUAAUAUUCAGAAAUGUCUAAACAGUAUAGUCCCAUUAUAUGUAACUCGAUAAAAGGAAUAUCUUGGUAGAGGAAAUAAAAUUGCUAGAGACAGGGUAGUUGCCAGACACACAAUAAACAAGUUCAUACUGAGCAGUGUAUCUUCAUGUAUAUUAACUGAAUUUAAUAUCUUUUCUAGAUAUUAAUGUCCUUGAUGUUAUUGUCCAAGUUGAGUGUAACCUUAAUGAUUGUCUUGGAGUCAGUAGUCAGUAAACUCAGUAGCAAAAUUCUCUCACUUGCCAAUUGUUCCCCAUCUCUCUACACUCCCCACAUUGUCUCACAGCAGUUGUUUCUAGUGUAUAGCUAUCUUUCAGUGUAUAUACACUGAAAGUCUAAUAUUGUAUCUAUUUUAAGGAUUAAAGUUUUCUUUUUAUUAUUGUUCUGGUGAAUUGUGGCCUUAAUAAAUCAUAUGCAGCUGAUCAGCCUUAAAGUUAAUAUGAAGGAAAUUGGCAACUCACCUCUCCUACCACCUGCAGUACUGCCAAAACUCAUGGGGAUUUCCCCAUUUAAUUACAGUAUGUCAUAUUUUUCUGUACAAAAUCAUAGCUUAUUUUGCUUUUACAUAAAGUAACAUAAACACUUAAUAGAUAUUUGUUUUGACUGGGGCAAUAUCCACCUUUGUUCCCCUUUUCCUAAUGCAAACUUAGUCAGUUCUCCAACACAAUAAUUUACUAUCAGACAGUGUUGAUUUCAUGAACCUUUUCGAAAAUUUGCUUAAUAUAGCUAUAAAUAUCAAUUUAAACAUCCAAAGUAAUGGUCUUCCUCUGGCUUAAAGCCUUGUCAAUGUUCAUUUGGUAUUCAUCUUGGCUAGGAUUAAAUGUUACACAAGGUUGAAAUGGAGCUAAGUUUUCAAGUCUGUACCAUACGAGACAGUUAUUGCUGUCUGUUUUAAAUUAAAAACAAAGGCUGUGCACAAGUACCCAAAAUAUGGUAACCAAUAACAAUAGGUGUCUGCUUACCCAUUGGUUAGCUACCCAACUGUAGCACUUCCAUAACCUUUCCUAAGGGCUAACUGCUUGUGUUUAUAAAUUAAGUCACAAGCUGCCAACAUCGUGACUAAUGCGGUGAGUGCAGAGCAAGGAAAGUUACUGCCAUGUCAUAUCAGCAGUGUAUUGGGGAGUCGAGCAGUUUAUAUCGAAGUAUGCCAGUAUCUAUUAUAUCUACUGUCUUUCUAGAUAGAUAUUUUGGUGCUUUGUUACUAGGUCAUCAUGAUCUGAUAACUUUGUCUGCCCUUCUCUCUGAUAAUCCCACCUUUCCUCUAGACUGAUUUGUUAACUAAUGCCAAUUUGCUAUAUCAGCUGUAACCCCUGUCCUAUCUACUUAUAUGUUUCUAUCAACACCUCCACCUUUCCUUUACCCUCCCCCCCUUCCCUAUUUCUUUUUCCUUUUCCUCGUAGUGCUGUGUGACCUUAGGGUUUAUUACAUUCCUUGAAUAUAAUAAUAAUGAUAAUAGUUAGGGAGUAUUUUGUUUGUAUUUCAAGUUUGUGUAGCAUCAGCCCAAGAAACUGUUUGCUAUUGUGUUCAGAUAUUUGCAAACACAUGAUUUAAAAGUGUAUAUUUUAGAAGGUUAGUGAAGCAAAAUGUACAGUAUCUGCUUCUUUACAUGUUCAUGUAUUAUUAAAGCUUUUGAACAAGACUAAAGAAAAAAUAUUUUCGUGAUAUGAUUCUUCAUGAUGAAUCAUAAAAUAGAUUUAUUUUAUAUGCUGUGGUGAUUUAAAUGUGUUGAGGUAAUGAUAUUGUAACAUAUAACUAUUGUACUGUACCAUUGUUAUAGUAAUGACAAACAUCAAGCUUACCUGUAUCACAACAGUUCAAUGUAAUUAAUACACACUUAUGUUUACAUAAGGAAAAAUUACAUGUGGUCAUGUAGUUGAUUCACAGCAAAAUUUCAAUUAUUAACAAAAUAUUUUUUUCUGAAAUUAUACUUUAGAGAAAGAAUUAAUGGCAAGGGAAUAUACUAAAUUUAAACUUCUUAACUUUUCAUAACAUCCAUGUAAUAUUCCUUUUGUUAAAUAUUGCAAUUUCAAGUUAUUUCCUGUGAUAAUGAUGUACUGCAUAGAAUAUAUUGAACAUUGUUGUGCAAUGACAUUCAGAAUAUUAAUGGGCAUAAGACAAGGCAUUUAUAACCCCUUGCAUAUAUAUAUAGGAAAUUUAAAAAUACUGUACUGUUUUUCUGGUUUGUGUGUAAACAAGAUGUAUAUUGUCAGUCCUUAUUUUAAGGUUGGUUUUUAUUCCUACCUACCAAUGAAGGUUCUAUAUUCUGUUUUGCAAUGUAUAUUUCAAGAAUUGAGCUUCCCAAAUACAGCAUGUUUUAGUGCUCUGGGACUCAUUACCUGUAUAUGUUGAUUUAUUUUAUAAAUUCACUAUUGUUUAGCGAAUAUAAAUUUAUCUAGAGAAUAUUUAGAACAAUAAAAUUUUGUUUUACUUCAGAAA